AUUUAAGUUACAAACUGUAGCUUUAAUCCCUACAAAACAAAAACGUUUAACUGCACUGUGCAUUGCAUUGCAUUGUGUAAUUGCAUUAUUUAGCCCAUAAAGUUAUGUAUUAACCAACAGUUUAUUGCUGGUUUAAAAUUAAUUCAGCAGUUUGGCAUACAUAUUAAGUGUUAUUGGUUUCAUUACGAUUCCACAACUGCUUUGGCUGCUGAAGGGAGACAAGGUUACAGUGGCUAGAGGCCAGCGACACCUGAGACACAGUUUACACCGUCCAGUGCCUGUUAGCUUAGUUGUGCAGCAUAUCUGGUCAGUAACACUUGUCAGUUUGCUGACAGCACAAAUCCAUCAAGGCACUUUUUUAUUUACACUUCACAUGUUGACACGGCGGUCCUCUCCCCAGCAACCUGCUUCAUGAUUGAACUUGUUCAUUGAUUUCAGUUAUAACAGCAGCUCCACAGCAGCUGAGUCUGUGUGUGUGGAUAUAGAAUAUACUGUCGGAUCUGUGACACCGACUGCUUGACCCUCAAUACUGUUAGGUAUUUUUUUGUUGUGAACAUACAAGUGCCUUUCCCCUUCGUGCCCAGUGUCUGUCUGUCCGUUUGGUUCUGUGUGUGAACAUAUAAAGACAGAAGUGGACCUGUCAUUUCGUGCCGAACACAAGCAAAAAUAUGAAGCUGUGGAUUGUCCUCUGACAGAAACGGCUUGCUCAUCAGCCUCUGGAAACAAGUAACUCUGAUGACUAAUUUUCCUGCCAUCCACUAUCUCAAGCGCCUUUUUUCUUUCUUUUUUUCUUUUUUCUUACUUUGAUAAAAAAUAAUCUUGUUCAGCCGCAGAGGAAGACAUUCUCUCACUCAAGCAAUUUCACAAGCCCAUAAUUGAGCUGCACAUCCUCACAUUAUAUUGCCGGGUUUUUGCUCUGGUGUUGUCCACUCUGCUGCGUGGGUGUUUGGCUGUUAGGUGUCUUUUUGAUGAAGGUGCUGCAUUAAGCCGGGGCGGGGAGAGGGAACGGAACGAUCCCCAUCAAUCUUGUACAGCCAGACAACCAUCUGUUCCCGAAAACACUCACGAAACACUCACUUCUCCGCCUCUGCAGCCGAAGACGCACUGUGUACCCCUAAAUCUACACUGUACCUGACUACUGUGGUGCACUGUGAGAUUCUUUACUAUAAGUCAUGCACUGUCCUCCUGUCCCAUGUGAGGCUGCAUCAUUUCAACAGUACACGCUGUGUUCUGUUCCUUUUUUAACUUAUCAAGACAAAAUUAAUGACUAUAUAUGGUACUCAACACAAAAUAACACCAGCUCUGAUUGAAUUUUGUUUUAUGAAAUAUUACACAGUUCAGGGGCGCUAAGCAAGCUAAUUAUAACUAUUCAUGAUAUUGCAGGUUUUGCUCAGGUGCUUGGGAAGGAGUUAAAUCAUCUGGAAACACAUUAGCAUGUGUACCGCUCUCCUCUCUCUGGCUUAUGCCUGUGACUGUAAAGCUGUUAUCUUUAUUCUGCUGGUGGGGUAGCAGUGAGGCGAGGGAGGGCGUCAUGAUCUCCCCCGCAGGCUCAUGCAGUUCCCGCUAACAGGAACUGAGUGGCACUCUUCUUCUUUUUUUAAAACAUUUCCUUUUAUCUGAAUUGCUUUGCUUUUUCACUUUCAUGUGCUCGAAUUCUGAGGCAGCAAACGUGAUUGCCAAGCUUAGCAUACGUUAGCCUUUUUCCCUUAAAUAUUAAUGCACACCUAAUCACGCGCAUACAUUUUCCUCUCCACUCCUUGAUCCAUCCUGCGACAUUUUUGGUUGCUCAGCCUAAGUAGCUAACUCUGUCAGAACGUUCUUAGAGGAUGCUGUUAUGUCUCAGUUCUUCUGAAAGGAACUCAUGACUUAUUCACACUUUACUGUAAACUUCUGAUGUCAAUUAUGCCUGUCGACACACUAUGCAAUCUCACAUACUGAUAUGAGCUGUCUGAUGUAGAAUAUUGCUGCAGUCAUACACUUGCUACUCAGCUGUGACUUUUAGAAAGGGAUGAGCUACCUAGUGAGUACAAACACACACAUGUUUAGGAGUUCCUUAUUGUGCUGAGUUGUAGCCUGGCCAUAUGUCUACAGUAUUACAGUUAUACAUCACAGAUUGUCUGACAGCCCCGGAGUCAAACUCAGUUCCCCUUUUGCUCGCUGUUGUUGAGCUGUCAGAUGGAUGCCACCUCUACUGCUUGGCUGUAAUUGUAAAGUGAAGCAGAUUGAGGCAAUUUUCGAAAAACAAUCACAGCAAGCGUAACAGAGUAAGCUUAUAGCCUUUUAUCAGAUUCUAACAAUGUGUUGGAAAGACCAACUGGAGGGAUUUCACAUGAACACAGUUAAUUAAACACCAUUUUAAUUAACCUUCUAAUCAACAGCGCUCACACCAUUUUGCAGUUUUAUUCUCGUCGGUGGAAACUAGCUGCCCUCAGGUGCAGUGAACAAAUGCACAGAGAUGGCAAGAUAUUUAAAUUCUCAACAGUGUUUGUCUUGUUCCGUCAACAUUUUACUUGUCUUAAACCAGUAUCUUCAGUAUCAAAACAAAAGUUACUCAUUCUACAGAAAAAUGUCCCUCGUGACUAUUUAUUAUAUAUUAGAUUGUAUGAUAGAUACUGAAGCACCAAUGUGUAGUAUAUGUAGCAUUUAACUGUUGUAGCUGGUCAAGGUAGAACAGUUUUUUACUACUUUAAAAAGGCCUACAGUCUAGUGAGGAGUCAGGCCCCCUCUAAAGGGUCACAAAAACAAAUUGUGACAUAAUCAAUGGGACAGGAAAGGAAUACUGUAUGAUUUGAAUGGAGAAGAUUAGAAGGAAAUUGUCUCUCUGGUGGUACUGCUAACAACUUACACACAUCUGAAACGAGACAAGGUGCCCCAACCAGACACAGGUUUUUGUGUCAGUCUUAAUCUGAAAAGUAAAUAAUAACUGAAGCAGAGAAAAAGUAGAGAUUUGAAGUCCCAGCACAGGCAAACACAUGAAAAAUGCAAAGUAAAACAAAAGCAUUUUAUGCACUUUAUAAGCCUUUCACAUUGCAUUUGAAGCAUCAUUAAUAAAUGUACCACACACAAAAUAAAUUAUGAAGAUUUCUAAGAUUAUUUGUCUGAGAAGCAAAUCAUUGUAAUGGUUGUCUGUUUGUUUUCCUGUUGCAGAUUUGACUGUAUGUAUUAAUGAUGCUGACACUUUCUAGUCGUCACAGUUAUUAGCCCAUAAUAUGGGGUAAUCAUUUCAGAGUAACGCUUCACUAUAGUCUGUAGUUCAUCAUAUUUUAUUUUUGCUCAUGUCAACAUGUGGCAGCGAAAUUUCAAGAGGCAUCCCUUUGUUUUAAUAUUUUCCAUCUCUGUGUGGCCCUUACUGUCUGCUGAAGCUGUGACUAUGAGUGAGUGAAAAGGCCACUAGCCAGCCUGCAGUUUACAGUGUGUGAGAGCAAAGUGAUCAGAGUGAUAGUGACUUCCACCAUGAUAAAACUGGGUCAAUGUAACCCCCACCCCCUCCACCACAGGCAAGGCUGAAAAAGGGAAAAAAGACGAGGAUACCAUCACCAGACUCUGUGCGUGGAUAUAAGCAUGGGGACACUGGAGCGUGGUUUGCUUUUUCCAUGGCUUUGCAUAAACCCAGAUGCCUCCCCUCCCUCUUGAUGAGCGUAUAGUGGUCAUUCAGCGCCCUAAAAACAUAACCCUGUGUGAAGCUUCCCCGCAAACCAUCCCGCAGCACUCCUCUCAAAUAUCAGCCUCUUCCAAUGGACACCAUCCUCAUCUCAACUCUUCGCAGGUCCAUUUCUAUGCACCCCCGUGUAAACCUCUGACUCUGGAAUGCAAUCGCAGACCCUCUCGUGUGCAGAAAUUCAAGAGCGAUCAACCUGUCGUCCCAGCAGGUGUCAGACACAUCCCUAGCCACUGCCAUAGCAAUGGCACAGUAACUCUCGCCCCACGGCUGCCCUCCCAUACACAUACUAUUGAUAUCAGGGUGACGGUGGACAAAGGAGGACGGGGAGGAGGAAUCAGCAACUCGUUAGGGCGCAGCGGAAUUAUAAAAGGUGGCCGAGGGAAAUGUGUCUCUUCACAGUUGGAUCAAGCACAAUGUGAGAAAAAGACUGGAACUGCAGGGAGGCCAGGUGGUGCCGAACACAAGUCACAGCGAAGUCGCCAUACUCAGCUGUCGUCUUCCCCCGGAGGCAUCCUACAAUUCGUCCCAGCUCAGGCGCAGCAGCAUAGGUUGCGGAGUGAAAAGGAAAACACUAGUUUUCUUAACAGAAGUGACCAGGAAUUUCCCUCUCUAGGUCACAAGAACAAUUCCAAACUGGGAACUGUCCAUCAAAGCCAUAAUAGCCACAGUCUGCCCUACCACCAAAAUUCCGUCCCUGUGCCCCAUGCCGCCAUUCUAAAUUCAAACUAUCCGUCAUCCCCUCCCUCCCAACCCACCCAUGUCCCAGGCCCAUUUCAGCAACUCAGCCAGCCGCACACGUCCCGCACCAGGGAUCUCCGCCCUCACAUUCUUCAUGGUCUACCCCUCUCCCCCUGCUCCUCCCACGCCGGAGGGUUCCCGAGCCCUGACCAUACCUGCACCAUCGACUGCACCCACCCAUUCAGUUGUGGCUGCUGGAGGUUGGUAAGAUGCAGAGGGUGUAAGGGACACUCUGCCAACUGCCAAGGGGGUGGAGGAAGCUCUUCCACCUCAUUUUCCUGUGUUCAUAAUGCCGGAGCAGUGAAGAAAGGAGGCAAAGACAUGGGCCUGAGAAAUCUGGGUGGGUGUCUCUCCACCACCUCCACCUCCAACACCUCCUCUUCUAACAGCACUGUGUCUGACUGCCGAGCAAACCUGUUCAAACCUCUCCGCUGUGCCUCCUGCUCUGGUGAGGCCAGAAACUUUGAGAGUCCUGCUAUCCUUCGCAAAAAACUGGUAGGGGGAUGCCUGCCCUGCACCCCGCUGUCCUCCUCGGCCCCUCUCCGGGCGAUACAGAGCUGCGUCACAGGCUGCAACCCCAAAGCCUCUCAGACAGGCAGCUCCACCUGUAGCUAUUGUAGCAGCGACCCCAUUGUGGUGACAUUUAACCCUCGCAGAGGCAAACCCCCAGGUAGAGGUGUUGGAGCAGCUCAUCAGAUGGGUAUGUUCCAAGCCGAUGAUGACGACUACAGCGUGCGUACUAUCUGGCCCGAAGAACUGGCCAAGAAGAUGACCCAUUCUAAAGCCCAAAAGAAUCACUGUGCCGGGGUGGGAGUAGGAGUGAGGAAGACCUGUGCAACCCAGGUCCAAAAUGGCAGUCACGGAACAGGUCUUGCCCUCCUGGACUGUCAAAACCUCCAGGAAUAUGGCCAGUCUCAGUUUACAGACCGUGCUGGUCGACGGCGGCUUCAGCAGGGGAAAAUGGCUGCUCUUGAUUUUAUGGGCCGCAGGUCAGGAUCUGGGUGUGACGAAGGCCAGAACUCACUGAAGAGGCUCUUGAAUAAAGCAGAAGAUGUAGAAACGGGGCAAGACGGAGAUGCAGCAUAUCCACGCUCCCCGUCUCCCCGCUCUUCCUCUCCACCGUCACCUGUUAACUUUUCUCCUCCACCGUCCAACCCGAACACACUCAUCAAACCCAGACCCUGGCAGAGAGACAGGGAGGGAGGACAUUCCCUGCCGACAGCUCAGUCCCUUCACCUGGCCCUCAACUCCCUGAACAGAGAGCAAGAUGAGGACAACGGCAGAAUGCACCUGUCUCUGCCGCUGUCCUCUUCUUUGCCGGCUUCUCUGUCCGAUGAGACCGCGAUGACUCCUGAUGCGGAGAACGCCGUGGUCAGUCCCAUCCUGCCCUUCCUGUUUCUGGGGAACGAGAGAGACGCCCAGGACUUGGACCUGCUGCUGCGCCUCAACAUCGGCUUCGUGGUCAACGUGACCACACACCUGCCCCUCUACCACGUCAACUCUGGACUGCGCUACAAAAGGCUGCCAGCCACCGAUAACAGCAAGCAAAACCUUCGACAAUACUUUGAGGAGGUUUUUGAGUUCAUUGAGGAGGCAUAUCAGAGUGGACAGGGAGUGUUGGUACACUGCCAGGCAGGCGUGUCCCGUUCUGCAACCAUUGUCAUCGCCUACCUUAUGAAGCACACCCUCAUGACAAUGACAGAUGCCUACAAAUAUGUGCGGAGUCGUCGCCCAGUGGUGUCCCCGAAUCUAAACUUCAUGGGCCAGCUUUUGGAGUUCGAGAGGGACCUCAACUCCGGUGUGACUCCUCGUAUCCUGAUGCCUAAGCUUAACGGUGUGGAGACGCAGGUGUGAGGAAGGUCAGGAGCGCGUAAGGUCACUGCCGGUAACAAAGAGAUGAAAGCGGCAUUGAUGAGCAGCAUUGAAAGAGUGCAGCACAUUUUAGAAGAGCGACGUGAUCAGAAAUAUUACAA